AGGGACAGCUCGACAGCUGAUAAUGCUGAUAUAUCUGACUGGGAAACAUGGCGAAGUUAACCCAUGUCAUGUGGGGCUUGUCAUCAAAUUUUGCGGCAAAUCGCUAUUUCUCUCGAUUGUUGACUUCACCUUGGUACAAUGUAUCCAUGGUUACAUCAUCCCAGGGAGUGUCAACAAACACUGCUGUCAAGUCUGCAGAUGACUUGAUUAUCAGUGACAGUUGCGUGAAGCGCUUGAAGGAAAUAGCCGAUGGUGCGUAUCUGAGAAUCACCGUGGAGGGCGGUGGUUGCUCCGGAUUUCAGUACAAGUUCGACUUGGAUCCGAAAACACAGGGGGACGACAGAAUAUUUCAGAAGGAUGGCACUAAAGUAGCAAUAGACUCGACGUCGUUGGAAUACGUGAGGGGGUCGACGAUAGAGUAUCACGCGGAACUGAUACGAUCUGCCUUUAGAAUAACGAACAACCCUUUAGCCGAACAGGGAUGUAGCUGCGGCGCUAGCUUUGCUAUUAAAGUAGAUUAGACGAUGAUGGAUGUGGGCGUACCGUUACGUAUAUAAUCGGCUAAUGAGAGAGUGGCUGGCUUGUAAAUUAAUGUAAAUUUUCGCUGUAUACCGAAGAUUAAUUAUACUUUAUUUAUAAUUAGUACGCGCGAGGCAAUACAUAUUUUAUAUAAUUGCUCUGGCGAAAUGUACAUUAAUUUUAUCACAACACCUACUAUAAACAGUAGCUGUACAUAUCUCUUACACAUCUCUUUUCUUUAAUAUAGAAAGAAUGGCUUAUAAUUUACAGUCGGGUAGGUGUCGGAUUUAUAUUUUAUCUAUAAACGGUCUAACUACAAAUGUCGUACAAGUGAGUACCAAAAAAAAGAGCAUUUGUCUCUUCUUUCAUUAACGAAUUUAGUAUUGUAAAAUUUAUCCUGUACCAAGUGUCGGUAAAUAUCGCUGUUAAGAUAAUUAUGAGCAAAUGAGAGUAAUCGUUGCACAUAUACAGUAUAGUUAAACUUAUAAUAUAAACAACGUUCGUAAAAAGAAACGUUGUCGAUGAGUUUCUCUUUUAUUUUGAUUUCAUAAAUAACGCAACAUUGAGUUAGAGAGCUCUUUAGCGCUUCUCCAGGCUAAAGACACGAGUAUGCGCAAAAACCAGUGGCUUUCCAGAGCUAUAAAUAUGUACAUAAAAUUUAAUUAAUGAUCGCGAUUAAACCAUACCACUGAAUGGAA